AUUUUUCACUUGUCACAUGAUAGGAUGGGACGUAUUUUGAAGCUGCGCGCGCAUAGUCCACCACAGCUAAGCCACCACGAGCAAGGGCUCUGAGCCUGCAGUUAGGUAUACACUCUUGGGGGGGAUGAACAUUGUGGUGCUCAGUUAAAACUGUACUGAAGAGCUAAAAUAUACAAAGCGCUCACAAUGUCAGCUGCUGCAGAUGAAGAGCACCUGAACCAAGAAGAGGGCAACGUGGAACCCGAGACGGAAUAUGGAAUAGAGGACAUUGGGAUGAGAUAUGUAUUCUACAGGGAUAGAAAAGAAUGGGCUGAUGUCGAUCCAGUGCCACAGGACGAUGGACCAAACCCCAUAGUAAAGAUUGCCUACUCUGACAAAUUUAUGGAUGUGUUUGAUUAUUUCCGAGCUGUGCUUCGGCGAGAUGAACGGAGUGAGAGAGCAUUUCAAUUAACUGCAGAUGCUAUUGAACUUAAUGCUGCAAACUACACAGUAUGGCAUUAUCGAAGAGUUCUAGUGCAGUCAUUACAGAAAGAUCUGCGUGAAGAGAUGAAGUAUAUUACAGCUAUCAUUGAAGACCAGCCCAAGAACUAUCAAGUCUGGCAUCACAGACGGAUGAUAGUGGAGUGGUUGAAGGAUCCUUCCCAAGAGCUGGAGUUUAUUGCUGAUAUUCUAAGUCAGGAUGCAAAGAACUACCAUGCCUGGCAACAUCGGCAGUGGGUUAUUCAGGAGUAUAAGCUUUGGGAUGGUGAAUUGGAGUAUAUAGACCAGUUGCUGGAUGAAGAUGUAAGAAACAACUCGGCUUGGAACCAAAGGCAUUUUGUAAUCUUCAACACAACCGGAUACAACGAUACUGCAGUUCUGGAGAGAGAAGUCCAGUAUAGCCUCAAGCUUAUCAAAAAGGCGCCUCAUAAUGAAAGUGCCUGGAACUAUCUGAAAGGAAUAUUGCAGGAUCAUUGCUUAUCAACAUAUCCAAACUUAAUGGAACAGAUACUUGAAUUGCAGCAAACCCAUAGCUCUCCCUACCUGAUUGCCUUCCUUGUAGACAUGUAUGAAGACAUGCUUGAGAAUGUACACAAUAACCAGGAGGAGACCUUAAACAAUGCACUGGAGUUAUGUGACCUUUUGGCUGAAGAAAAAGACAACAUAAGACAAGAGUACUGGAAAUACAUAAGGGGAUGUCUUAAGAACAAAUACGGCACCAGUGAAGAAUCUGAGAGUCCAUCAGAAGAGCAUUAAAAAUGAUUUAGAAAUGUUAUAUUUCAGAAAGGAUCGUGAUGGGGGGGGGGGGGCGUGGGGCAUACCCAGUUAAAAAGUUGUCUAGAAUUGUACAGUAACAUUCUAGCCUACUGAAUAAUUUCAAACAGCAAAUAUAGAUGUGUGACCAAGGAUGGGAAUAAGACUCCCAUUGCAUAGGAGUUUGUUCCAUACCUGGUUUUACUACGAGUUUAUUUUUUAUUAUUUUUUUAACAAAUGCCUUUAUCCAAGGCGACUUACAGAGACUAGGGUGUGUGAACUAUGCAUCAUCUGCAGAGUCACUUACAAUUACAUCUCACUCGAAAGACUGAGCACGAGGAGGUUAAGUGACUUGCUCAGGGUCACAAAAUGAGUCAGUGGCUGUGGGUUUUGAACCGGGGACCUCCUGGUUACAAGCCCUUUUCUUUAUCCACUGGACCACACAGCCUCCUAUAAUAAUACAUUCCUGUAAUAAGACACUCCUGUAAUAUGACACUCAUGAGCUUGUUGCCUAUACACUGUUUAAUCAAGCUCAUAGGAAAACCUGGAAUGGGUGAAACUGCUAUGCAAUAGGAGUCUUAUUUCCAUCCCUGUCUGAUGCCUUUAAGAUUAAGAUUACAUGGACUGAAAUCUCUCCUGUGCAUCUUCACUCCAGUACAGUAGAAUGAAGUUAUGUGGACAGAUAGUGCAUUUAUUACAGUACUUGGCCACUAAAGUAUUUAAAUUAUGUUGUCACAUCUUAGCUCUGAUCAGAGGAAGAAAUAAUGGCUUUAAAAGUAGUUUAUGUUGUCGACAUUAACAUAUUUUUUUAAAAACAAUUGUUUUACCAGGCAUAUCCAUGCUCAUAACUGCAUUUAAUUUUGUACUUUAGAUUUAAUAAAUGAAAUUACAUUCUUGUC